CUCCUGAACUUUGAGUCUUGUCGUCAAAAGAGCUUGUUGUUGUUUUGAUAAAACACUGCCACUUCCAGAUGGAUUGUCAGUGCAUUUCAUCUUUACUCUUGUACCGAACAAGGAAGCAGAUGCUCCAAGUGUUUUCCUAGUGGCUGGACAGCAGAAAAAUGAAAAAAUUGCUUAAAAAACUACAUGGGAUUUCUACCAAUUCUCUUUAUAGAUUCUCAUCUUCUCCGGACCUUCAGUGGAGUGAUGAUUGGAAUUCACGUUUGAAUCCUGAGGAAUACUUCACUAAAUUGGAACGAAUUGGUAAAGGCUCUUUUGGAGAGGUGUACAAGGGCAUAAACAACCGCACAAAAGAGGUGGUGGCCAUUAAGAUUAUUGACUUGGAGGAAGCAGAGGAUGAGAUUGAAGACAUCCAGCAGGAGAUCACGGUCCUCAGCCAGUGUGAAAGCCCUUAUGUCACCAAAUACUACGGCUCCUAUCUGACGGGCUCUAAGCUAUGGAUAAUCAUGGAAUAUUUGGGAGGUGGAUCGGCUCUGGACCUGCUAAAGCCGGGACCUUUGGAAGAAACAUAUAUUGCCACCAUUCUCAGAGAAAUACUGAAAGGACUGGACUACCUCCACUCAGAGAGGAAGAUUCAUAGAGAUAUCAAAGCGGCCAAUGUGUUACUCUCUGAACAUGGAGAAGUCAAGCUGGCAGACUUUGGAGUAGCUGGCCAGUUAACAGACACUCAAAUUAAGAGAAACACAUUUGUAGGAACUCCAUUUUGGAUGGCACCAGAGGUCAUCAAACAGUCUGCUUAUGACUUCAAGGCUGACAUCUGGUCAUUGGGUAUCACAGCCAUCGAGCUGGCUAAAGGAGAGCCCCCCAACUCCGAACUUCACCCCAUGAGAGUCUUGUUCCUCAUCCCUAAAAAUAACCCACCCAUGCUGGAAGGGUCCUACAGCAAAGCCUUUAAGGACUUUGUUGAAGCUUGUCUCAAUAAAGAUCCACGAUUUAGACCGACAGCCAAAGAGCUUCUGAAACACAAGUUCAUCACCCGUUACACCAAGAAAACCUCAUACCUGGCAGAGCUCAUUGAUCGACACCGCCGCUGGAAGUCAGGGGGGCACGGGGACGAAUCAAGCUCUGAUGACUCUGACAUGGAUGGGGAGGGGGAUGACAGGGACCAGUGUCCCGUGUGGACUUUCCCCACUGUGCGGCCCAAUUCCAUGAACAAGUUACAAGGAGGUUUCAGUCAUUUAGACAAUAAGACAUCAGACGUUAUGAAGAGGCAGCCAAAGUCACCAUCUCUAAAAACGUUAGUCACACCCAUCUUCAGAGAGCUGAAGGAGAAGCGGCGUGUUAGCGGGAGCAGUGUAUGUGCCCUGGAGGAGCUGGAAAAUGCAUUCAGCCUCGCAGAGGAGUCCAGCCCUGGAAUCUCUGACCGUUUACUCAAUAACAUUAUGGAGAGAGUGUGCAGUUUUUCAGGUCAUGCUGAUUCAGUGCUGUAAGAUAUUGUGCUGCGCUGUUGCACUUGCAUGCAGUACUAAAUCUUCCGCAUGAGUGAACUCUGAGACUUCCUUUGUCUCAAUCCUGCAGGUUUACACUCAACGGAAACAGCAUGCCUUCAAAACGAUGAGGUCCGUCUGACUGCUGGUCAGCUCCGUCCGAUGGAAAGACAUGCCCACCUCCUGCUCCUUCAGCUAAAUACCAAUCAGUCAUUCCAUUCCAGCUUGUAUUAUGAGAUGUUUUUAACGGUUUACUUUAUAGAAUUUUAAUGUAAUGUAAAAUAUGAAAUGAUGAACCAGGUUUGCGUGUAUUCCAUUGAGUACAUUGAAAUGUAAAUAAACUAGUGUAAAAAGUG